GGCUAAGCAAGACUCUCCGUAAGAUCUGUUGACCCCAAUCCUUUCUGUUGCGUUCCAGCCGGAUUAUGGGAUCCGUGGUGUGGCAGCUGUGGGGUAGCUGUUCCCAUCAAAGUGGCAACACACCUGCGCCUGCUGUGCUGUGGAUACUGAACUUGUCCUCAGUGACUCAGCGCACAGUCUCGGCGGCCCCAGCUGCCCUGCCCCUGUCUGCUGCGGGAGCCUCCCUCCCUGUGGCCGGGCUGAUGGACCUUAUCUCUUUACCCACCUGGCUGUGUGCAGCACUCCCCCAGGCUUAGCCAGGAUGGGCCUCAGGGCUCAGUGUCCGGUUAUUAAAGCAACAGCAACCGUGGGUCCUGCUGGUGCUUCCCUCAGGUCUCUGUUUCUUUGGAUCCGUGAGGAGGGCAGAAGGUUCUGAGGAAGGAAGAAAACGGCCCAAAGAUGAGAGUGAUUCGUGUGGGUACCCGAAAGAGCCAGCUGGCUCGAAUACAGACAGACAGUGUGGUGGCAAUGCUGAAAGCCUUCUACCCAGGUCUGCAGUUUGAAAUCGUUGCUAUGUCCACCACAGGGGACAAGAUUCUUGAUACUGCGCUCUCUAAGAUUGGAGAGAAGAGCCUGUUUACCAAGGAGCUGGAACAUGCGCUGGAGAAGAAUGAAGUGGACCUGGUCGUUCACUCCCUGAAGGACCUGCCCACCGUGCUUCCUCCUGGCUUUACCAUCGGGGCCAUCUGCAAGCGGGAGAACCCUUAUGAUGCUGUUGUCUUUCACCCAAAAUUUGUUGGGAAAACCCUAGAAACCUUGCCAGAGAAGAGUGUGGUGGGAACCAGCUCCCUGCGGAGAGCAGCCCAGCUGCAGAGAAAGUUUCCACACCUGGAGUUCAAGAGCAUUCGGGGAAACCUCAACACGCGACUUCGGAAGCUGGACGAGCUGCAGGAGUUCAGUGCCAUCAUCCUGGCCGCUGCUGGCCUACAGCGCAUGGGCUGGCAGCACCGGGUGGGGCAGAUCCUACACCCAGAGGAAUGCAUGUAUGCUGUGGGUCAGGGAGCCCUGGGCGUGGAAGUCCGAGCCAAGGACCAGGACAUGCUGGAUCUGGUGGGUGUGUUGCAUGACCUGGAGACUCUGCUUCGCUGCAUUGCCGAGCGAGCCUUCCUGAGGCAUCUGGAAGGAGGUUGCAGUGUGCCAGUGGCGGUGCAUACGGCUAUGAAGGAUGGGCAACUGUACCUGACUGGAGGAGUCUGGAGUCUAGACGGCUCAGAUAGCAUGCAAGAGACCAUGCAGGCCACCAUCCGGGUCACUGCCCAGCAGGAAGAUGGCCCCGAGGAUGAUCCGCAGCUGGUGGGGAUCACUGCCCGGAACAUUCCACGAGAAGCCCAGCUGGCUGCUGAGAACCUGGGCAUCAGCCUGGCCAGUUUGUUGCUGAACAAAGGAGCCAAGAACAUACUGGAUGUUGCACGGCAGCUUAAUGAUGCCCACUAACUGGUCUGUGGGGCACAGGUGCCUGGGUCGCUAUUGUUCAGUGCCUACCUACCAGCCCUCAGUGCCCCAUCCUCACUGCUACCUGGGGAGUGAUUACCCCAGGGGAUUGAACUGCAAAGUCAGAGACUUGCCUCACCUUGGGGCUGUGGGGAGUGCCUUGCCUCCAUAGUAGGUGGGGGUUUCAUCUCUUUAGAGAAAAAGUUCAAGCCACGGCCUUCGAAUGUAACCAACUCAACUAAUAAACCAGCUCUCAAGGUGA